AUGGGUUGCUAUUGUGGGACUGCUAAAAGGAGGUCUGCGCAAUUAUGGUGGGAAUAUGAUUUAUACGAUGAUUAUGCUCUUGAAGAUGAAGUCUCUGAUUUAAAUCUCCCGAUUUCUAUAGAUCACAGAGAAAAAUAUACCAAAUUAACUGUUAGCUGGAGACUACGCGAUUUUAGAAUGGGAAAGAAGCUUGGGAAUGGAAGCUUUGGAACCGUUAGAGAAUGUAUUCAUAAGAAGACAGGACAGAAAUAUGCUGUCAAAAUGAUUAAAAAAUCGUCUCCACAGAGUGUUUUUGGUAAAAAUGGACUUUUUAGUUUGGGUGAAUCGAAAAUUUCUGAUAAUUUACUACUGCAGAAUUCGAAUGAUGCAAAUAGAACAAGAGAGUUGAUGUUUAAAAACGAGGUUUGGAACUUGCAAACAAUUCGCCAUGAAAAUAUAAUUCAGGCAUUCACAUUUUUUGAGGAUAAACAACAUUGCUACAUGAUAAUUGAUUACUGUGAAGGAGGAGAAUUAUUUGAUCGGAUCGUAGAUAACACUUUUUCAACAGAAACUGAUGCAAUUAUUGUUAUAAAACAAGCUUGUUGUGCAAUUGCACAUUUACAUGAUCUUGGAAUAGUACAUAGGGAUAUUAAGGCCGAAAACUUUUUAUUUAAAAGUAAACAUAUGGCAAAUUCACUUACAUUAAUAGAUUUUGGAAUGGCCUCACAUGUUCCUAAAGGAAGUUUUUUACAUGUUUUUUGUGGAUCAAUUCAUUACAUUUCACCAGAAGUCCUAGAGCAAAAAUAUGGUCUUCCUUCUGAUAUGUGGGCGUUAGGAGUUUUAACAUAUUUAAUUCUAACUGGAAAGUAUCCUUAUAUGGAAAAUGAUUUUGAAAAGUUAAAGACAACAAUACUUAACAAGCCAUUCAACCAAAGUUAUGAAAGAUAUAAACGUCUAUCGACCGAAGCAAAAAGUUUCAUUUUUGGAUUAUUAGAGAGAGAUCCCCUAAAAAGAAUGACUGCUAAGCAAGCCCUUGCCCACCCUUGGCUUAGACGUUACUAUUCUCUCUCCAAGGAAUCUUUUUUGCUCACUAAAAGCCGGAAUUUUUCUGGAAGUUCAUCAGAAUUAGUCGAUAGAAAACAACUUGUAUCGCAUAUUCAUACAAAUGAAAAUUUUUGUGAAACGGAUAAUCACGUCUCAGAGAGUUUUGUAUAA